GCCAGUACUAUGUUUGACAGAAAGAGUAGGUACAUGCGAUAUCGUACACUGCAUGUACCGUAAUAUGGAUGUGUUACAUUCGAUCACCGCAUCUGACUUCAACUUCAUCUGUCUUAUUUCUCUGACUUUGCUCAUAGCGCUGGCCAUUCUUACUCGGAUAGUCUCGAGCAGCUGGUCUUGCCGCAGACGGAUCACCAUACGCUCCUCCACCAUCUCCCCCUCCUUCUCCCUCUGCGCCUCCUCCAUCUCCUCAAUACACUUCUCGAUCUUACCUCUAAGCUUUGCUGCCGCAUCUCCGAGCUCUACCAUUGCCUCUACCAUGGCAUUCAACUUCGCAAUCGAGAUUUUGUACUUCGCAGAGGACUUCAACAAGGAUGCAACUAGAGCAUCGAGUGGGGCAGGCUCCCCUCUGCCUUCUGUAAGGGCCGCCGACACCUUAGGAGCUUGCACAACGUUCGCAAGCUUAGGGCCGUUAAUUGUUGCUGCAUGCUGAUCU